AUGUCCUACUACUUCACCAUCCUCUCGCCCACCGACGUCCCCCUCUUCAACAUCGCCUUCGGCACCUCCAAAUCCGGCGGCGAUGGCAUCGCCCGCUUCCGCUUCCCGGACACAGCCCAGUACAUGAACCAGUUCAUCAUCCACUCGAGUCUGGAUAUGGUCGAGGAGGCGCAGUGGAUGAAUGGGAAUAUGUCAGCCAACCUGUCUUACUCUCCAAAAAGCCCAACUAACCAUUCUGAUCCGGGGGCGGGGGGAAACAGGUACCUCAAACACAUCGACACCUACCCGCCCGCCUCGGCCUACAUCUCCGCCUUCCUCGCCCCGUCCGGCGCCCGGUUCCUGCUGCUACACCAGCCGCCCAACGCGUCGGGUCCGAAUGCGAUGGGCGGCAGUGGCAGCGGCGGCGGCGGCAGCGGGAUAGGCGGGUCGUCGAUCCUGGGCGGCUCGUUCUCGGCGGGCUCGUCGUCGCGCGCCUCGGCCAGCUCCAUCGCCGCCAACCCGACCAGUCCCCAGACGGAGGAGGCCGUGCGCCAGUUCAUGACCGAGGUGUAUGAAAAUUACGUGAAGACGGUCAUGAAUCCGUUCUAUCGGCAGGGGAUGGAGAUUCGGAGUGCCGUGUUUCGGUCCAGGCAAUCCUACUAA